GGAACACUAGCAUAUAAUGACUCGAUUAUGGAGUAUCCCGAAUCCCUCGAUCUCGACAAGCUCGACGCUAUCAGUCCGCACGAACUACAUCUCGCCGAUGGCACAGAUCCCGCCCGUCCGACCCUCUUCGCCAUCAAGGGGAUAGUCUUCGAUGUGAGCAGGAAUCCCGCUUUCGCGCCGGGGGGGUGUUAUCACGAAUAUGCGGGGAAAGACCCUUCGCAUGCACUGGCUCGAUCAUCCUUCCAAAAAUCAUCGUGCACAGCUGAGUUCCACCACCUCGGGGAGCAAGAACAGACGAUCCUCAAUGAGUGGUUUGAGUUCUAUAAGAAGCGGUACAGGAUUGUGGGGAAAGUGUCAUGUGACAGCCAGAGUGAUCAGUCUUGCCGUGAGACUCUGAUUCGAGAUGAUAAUAUGUUCUAAG